AUGGGCGUCGCCCACGGAGAAGACGCGCGUGUUCCAGGAGGCGCUGAAGAUAAUACUCGCGCCCAUCAUGCGAGAGUCCGCCAGGUACUGGGAGGGGAUGGGGGUGGGGAUGAUAACGAUACACUGUGCGUGCUUCAAAGGUGGAAUUUCGCAGACACAGAGUGGGGAAACGUGUACCUGGCAUGCCUAGCAGACACACUGCACGUGCUGGACUCCGGUGUGCUGAUCCACAUGAUGGACUCCUACAUCGAACCCCUUGGAAAGGUUGAGAUGCGGCUGCUAGAAAGUUCUGGCGCAAACUACGCGGCGUUCGAGCACAGGAGCAUGAUGCAGAUAAUGCCGAUACUGGUGGCAGACGAGAGUGCAUUGAAGGAUGGACCGGAGGGAGAGCUGCGUGCUUUGCAGGUCAAGGCGUUCCGGAUGUUGGUGGCGUUGCUACCGAAGGCAUUCCCAUCGCAGGCAUCCCACUGGAAGCUCCCAAAGAUACACAUGAUAAGACAUUUGCUGGACAACGUGAAGGAGCGUGGGAUGCCGCACCACUAUUCAACCGAAAUGUGGGAGUGCACGCACAAGGGCACGGUGAAGGGUCCAGUAAGAGGGAGCAAUUGGAGCGACAUACCUCGACGAAUCGUGGAGGAGGAGGUGCAGCGCGAGGUGUACCGCGAGGUGGCGGCGGACGCUGGGGGUGGGCGACAGUACGCGUGCGCCUUGCGUGAGGCAAUCAUGACGAAGAAACCGGUGCUCACGAAGAAGUAUCGGACAAUGCGGAUUGGCGGAGCGUCGGAUCCAGUGUACGAUGAGUACAUAACCGCGCUGGGAGACGAUAUGAAGGGUUUGGCUGACGAGUUUAAGGCGUUGGGUCUGGCUACCAACAGCGUGCAGGUCCACACGGCGGUGGCCAUUCCGCGCACAAGAGGCGGCGAGCUGGUGGCCAAAGGGACAUUUGUGAAGGCGUCGCCCCGAGAGAGGUGGUAUUCGGACGUGGCGCUGCUCAAUGACAAGGGUGGGGACUGCCAUGAUCGCAACACCAUCAUCCUCACCAUUCACAAGGCGCAUCGCAUCACAGGCGAGGUGGCGCCGCCCGUCACGGAGCACGGCUUCAGUGUGCAGCACCUCACGAACACCCGAGUCGUCAACAUUCGUGGAUCGGUUCCGGAGACGGGCCUGCCGCACCUGCAGGGAGUGGGUGACGCGCUGAAGGCGUAUUACCACGUUAUGCUGAUGAGGCGUGCGAUAGGGUCCAAGCGGUUCCAGUUCGACUAUUCGGCUUCCAUCGCUGAUGUCGACUAUAACGACAUACUCGAGUGGCUGGGAGAAGCGUGGACUCGUGUGCGCGCGGCUACCAUGCAGCGGAGCUGGUGGCGCGCAGGAUGCGUGCCGGCGAGCUGGCCGCCCCUGAUGGUGUACCUGGGUGACACGUGCGCAACCGGCAUGUUCGAGCCUAUUAUUUCGGUAUGCGUCGAUUUGCAGUUGCUUAUCGAGAAGUUCAAGGUAAGGCCUGCGUGCUACAUGACGGCCGCGGAUUUUAUUAACUGCGAUGCGGGACUAUGCGUGGAACAGGGGUUCAGAGCCACACCUGCUGCCAGCGCGUCCGAUGACUCGUCGGGCGACAUGAGCCUGCCAGACGGCCCAUUGCUGCGGGACGAGCGCAGCAGGAGGCGCGUGAUACGCAACGUCACAAACGCGUACGUGGAGCGUGCCGAUGAGCUCGGCAUCCCUCCGGCGGCUGUGCCAGCAGAGGUCGGAGCAUCGAACCAGGAGGUGAUUUCCCGCCUAUGCAGGACGCCUGUCAAGAGGGCUCGCGCAGGGGGGCGAGCUGAGAACGGGACAGCCGAAGAAGUGCUGCAGAGUGAUGAAGUGCUGGAGAGUGAUGACGACCAGUGA